AUGAAGGUUCUUACCAAGGAAGAGGAGGAGGCGCAUUACAAUGCCACAGUCAAGGGCGGAUCAAUCGGUGGUAUCAUUGGUACGGCGGUAGGCGCUGCAGGUGUCAUGGCUGCGAGUAGAAGAUACCACUCCUUCAGAGCGCUCACCGUCCCGUUUCGAGCUUUCUUGGUCGCUUCAACAGGAACAUUCGUUGCUGUCAUUGCCGCCGAUCGAGCCUCCGCAGCAUACGAUAUCGAACACACACCCGAAAAGAAGCGCCAAGUUGAACGUGAGAGGGAGCGCGAAGCCCUCUACGAACAGAACAGAACCGCUUUCGAGCGUGCGAAAGACUGGGCGACCGAAAACCGAUACCCACUUCUCUUCGGUUUCUGGAUUGCCUCCAUGGCUGGCUCAUGGCACAUGGUUAACCGCAACCCAUACCUGAGCGGAUCACAGAAGCUAGUGCAGGCGCGUAUGUACGCACAGGGUGGCACACUGGCGGCGCUGCUAGGCAGCUUUGCGAUUGAGGGUGCGGAUGCAGCGAAGGGCAAGGGAAGGUGGGAGACAAUCAGGGUUAUUGACCCGAAUGAUCCCGAGCACAAGCAUGUUAUUGAGAAGAAGAUCCAUCACGAGAGAUAUGCUGGCGAGGACCAGUGGAGAGCGACCAUCGCAGACUUACACGUCCAUCCUACUAUCGAGACACUGUUGCAUAUCCUGAACCACGAUUUGCCCUCUGCACACUUCCUAGUGCGGCACAUGCAGGCACCGCCAGCUGUGGAAGGAAUGUUGCUCCAUGGUAUCUUGCACCGUGCGGAAGGCGACUUUGACAACGCAAGAGCAUGGGUAGGCGACGUGGCAGACGCAUGUGAAGGUUACCAGCCCAAGCAUAAAGAAGAAGGUCAGAAGCUGGACGCUGAAGUCGCGAAACAAGUUGGCAGCAACUCUUCCAUCUCUGCUUCGCUCAUCGAGUUCGUCUACGGCGACCAGGAGCCUAAGAGUCUGAUUGACGCCGUCGAAGAGUAUCGAAGCAAAAAGAAAGUUGAGAGGGUAAAUGAUGAGGAUGGCAUCGAGAACAGGAUAAGGGCCGAGGCGGAGAAGGUGCUGGAGUGGUGCAAGAAUAAAUUUGGAGACGGAGUAUUUGACGAUGCGACAAAGGCAUGGGUUAAGAAUAGCGAGGAAAUUAGCAAGAUCAGCGGAGACAUGCCAGACCGUCAUCUGUACGGCAGUAACCACCACCUGGGCUUAAGCGAGGAUGCGGGCCAGGGUGCAGCGACGAAUGGCGGCGAGGCACUCGAGAAGCGGUCGGCCUCUCUCGGCUGGACUGUACACGCAGAAAUCAUGGCCGACGAAUCCCUCAAGCCCAACGGCCAGAGCCGUCCGAGCAACGUCAAACACCACACAUCGCCGUCUCUCAUGAUGAACUCCCACUUUGCCGGUGUGGGCGAGAAUGCCGACAAAGGUGCCUACGAACAUGGCAUCCAGGUCAUUGACGAGGACAAGAUGUUCAACACAAACCUAUCCACAUAUCUCGGCAUUGAGAAGGUUAUCCCCUCGGGCUUCAACUACCACCUCAUAUCCGUCUUUGGCUCGCAGUCCACCGGAAAAUCAACCCUCCUCAACUACCUCUUCGGCACCCAGUUCGGCGUCAUGUCCGAGCAGGAGCGUCGCCAGACCACAAAGGGAAUAUGGAUGAGCAAGAACAAGCGGGAGGAGGGUGGCUCCCACAUGGCGGAAAAUAUCCUGGUUAUGGAUGUCGAGGGUACCGACGGCAGAGAGCGAGGAGAGGACCAGGACUUUGAACGCAAGAGCGCCCUCUUCGCGCUUGCCACGAGCGAGGUCCUCAUCGUCAACAUCUGGGAACACCAGGUCGGGCUGUACCAGGGUGCCAACAUGGGCCUGCUCAAGACCGUCUUCGAAGUCAACUUGCAGCUCUUCGUCAAAGACAGCAAGUCCACACCCAGGUCCCUCCUGUUCUUCGUCAUUCGCGACCACAUCGGCACGACACCCCUCAAGAAUCUACAAAACACCUUAGUCCAAGACCUGUCCAAGUUGUGGUCGACCAUCUCAAAGCCCAACGGCCUGGAGAACUCGCGGAUAGAAGACUACUUCGACUUCGCCUUCGUCGCUCUACCACACAAGAUCCUACAACCGGAAAAGUUCGAGGAGGCAGUCACACAGCUUAGCACGCGAUUCAAGGAGGGAUACAACGACCCCAGGAAGAGCGGGCUCAUCGACGAGUCGACGGCACCUAUCUUCCUGCCACAGUACCACAGACGGAUCCCCGCAGAUGGUUUUUCCGCAUAUGCCGAGGGCGUAUGGGAUCAGAUUGUCAACAACAAGGACUUGGAUCUGCCCACGCAGCAAGAGCUGUUGGCUCAGUUCCGUUGUGACGAGAUCUCGCGGGAGGUCCUGGUUGCCUUCGACGAGAAGAUCACGCCACUAGAGGACAAGCAAGCCGAAGAUGCUCGGAUAGGGAAGCUCUCUGUUAUAGCCGACCUCGGCCCUGCCAUGAGCGCCGCACGAACCAAGGUCUUUAAAGAUUUCGAUACGAAUGCGAGCCGAUACCACAAAGGCGUCUACAAGCGGAAGCAGGCAGAACUUGAAGGCAAGGUAGAUUCACGGUUGAAGGCUCUGUUCCAGAAGCAACUCACAGCUGCUCACAAGUCUGGGGUGGAAUCCUUCAGCGAGGCCGUCAGUGCGGCGGUCAAGAGCGGUCAGAAGAAGGGCACCUAUGACUUUGCACAAAUUGUCGAUUCAGAGAAGAAGCAGGCACUUGCCAAGUUUGAAGAGGAUGCAAAAGCCAUGGCUAUCGAAGGUGCGGCCUGGAGCAGUCACGAGAACGAGUUGAAAAUCUACAAGAAGGAGCUCGACGACGUAUCUGGCCGUCUGCGCAAGGAGGAGAUGAGACGGUUGGCCACACGUAUCGAGCGCUGGGUACGAUCACGAUUGGAUGAGUCUGUCGGUCUUGAAUUCAACAAGCUCGGAUCCGGUCGAGGCGGUUCUGGCGCGCCCGAGCAUGGGGAGCGACCUCCGACAGAGAAAGAUCUGUGGGACCGUGUCUGGACCAUCUUUACCGAUACUGUUUCAAUGGCUGAAAAGCGAUUCACCGAUCGCGCAUCGAGCUUCGAUGCUAGUUCCGACGAAGUUGAGGUCGGUCUGUGGAGGUUACGGCGCAAGUCGUGGGCUGUGCUCCGCGCAAAGAUUGAUGAGGAAGUUAUGGAAGGUAACAUCCUGUUAAAGCUAAGAGAAAACUUCGAAGACAAGUUCCGCUACGACGAGCAUGGCGUCCCAAGAAUAUGGCGGCCCACAGACGAUAUCGAAGGCAUCUACACCAAAGCCCGAGAGUCGACAAUCACUGUCAUUCCACUACUCGCUCGUUUCAAGUUGGCCAAAACAUCGAGCCCUCCACCACUCGACGCCUGGAUCGGCGAAGCACCCGCCUCGGUAACGCCCGCAGAUGAAGACGACUUGACACCCAUUGGUGGUCUAGACGAUGAAGAGGGCAAGACCCUGGAAGAGGAGAUGACGAUUCUCUCCGACGCCAAGCAAGCCGACCUUCUUGUCCGCUUCAAGAAGACUGCAGAUGGUGUCUAUGUGGAAGCCAAGCGUAGCGCGAUUGGUGGUAUCACACAAGUUCCGUUGUACUUCUACGGCUUACUCCUCGCGCUGGGUUGGAACGAGAUAGUAGCUGUUCUUCGCAACCCAGUAUACUUCAUCUUCCUCAUCCUCCUCGCUGUCGGCGCCUACGUAACCUACACUCUCAACCUAUGGGGCCCCAUGGCACGAAUGGCCAACGCUGCAUCGCAGCAAGGUCUUGAAGUUGGCAAGGAGCGUCUUCGUACCUUCCUUGAGAGCUCGGAUACAGGACGCCAAGCUAUGGCUAUGAGCGGUGGUAUGAAUGACACCAGGAGACAAGAGAAUGUCAGAAUGGACAGGCUGAAUGGGGACGGGAAGAAAAGCAAGGCUGAGGAGGAGGAUCUGGAUGACAUUUGA